AUGACAGAGAUUGUGUCGGAUAAUUACUUUCCACCUAACGACAAAUUGGGAGAAACUCCCUCGGUUCCGAACGAAGCAACUCCACCUCUCGAAUCGCCCUCAAGUACCACUGAAAACGCAACAUCAUUAAAAAGGGAGGAGAACACAUCGGCGUUACAUUCAAACUCACUUUUGGACACAUCAUCAAGUAUAUGCGCAUUUGAGUUUAAUUUUGUUAUUGAACAGGAUGAAACAGUGCGUGGCGCAAUUGAGACUAUUAAUGCUCUCAUGCAAGCGGGUGACAUUAAUGGGGCGGUAGCGGUAGCUGAAGCGAGUCAACUUACUAUUGAUAUGUUAGCGCUCAAUGGAACACAACUGGCGACUGCAAUGAAUAUGACGCUAAAAUAUGCGGUGCGGCCGAUAUGUGGCGCUUUCUUAUUUUUAUUUGAUACCGCCUUUGGUGUGUGGGCGAUGGUGCCCUCAUUAGAGGGAAUUUUGAGAAAAACAGCACACAAAGUUGAAAAUAAUAAUACCACCGCCACUUCUUACGUAGCAACGCGUGAGAAACCUUUCUUAUGGGGUAUUACAGGCGGAAUGGAUGUUACAAAUCGGGUGUACGCGGAGGUGACGAUGCUCGUUGUUUGUGUUAUUCUUUGUUUGCUUAUUUUUAGUAUUCGCCGUUUGUUUAGGCAUUAUUCUGCGAGCAUUGACACUUUGGAAGCUUGGAAACAAAAAAGUUGGCAUGUCCAGGCAAAUGGUGCGUAUUCGCCAGCUCCUCUGUUACCGUUGGCUGUAAACCAUACGCACGUUGAGACACUCGCAUGGGAGGAUGGAUUGCAGUUUGCCAACAAAUCAAAGUCACUGCAUAAUAUUUCUCCCACGUCGUCUGGAGCGAACUUAGUGGAAGAUAACAUGAGCCCAAUAUCACUUUCACGCACCAUGUAG